GUGUUUCGCCCUCCGCUGCUCUCCGCUGCGACCUGGCCUCCGAGCGAGAAGAAGGAGCCCCCGCCAUGAGCACCCCGGGCAUGCGCCGCGACUGGAGCCCCGACAGCCCCGCCAGCGACCGCGUCUGGGCGCAGGCCAUCCACGCCGUCGUCGAGCGCCGACUCUCCCUGCGCCAAGCCGCGCAGGCCUUCGGGCUGCAGCAGACCGCGCUGCACCGACUCGUGCGCCAGCGCACGCUGCAGCAGGCGCGCCACCUGCCCCAGCCGCCGCUGCCGCCGCCGCCGGUGGCCCGGUCGCUGCCCGGGUCGGCCCCCGCCGUAGUGGUCUCCACCAGCCCGAGCAGCAGCGACACCAUCCGAAUCACGGCCCCGACAGUACCGCUGGCAGUGGCGCUAGCUUGCCAGGCGACCGCUACGUCUUCCCGCGCCUGAACCCGCUGGCG